AUUUUAUAUAUUUUUAUUAUUAUUACUAUUAUUAUGAAUCUUACACAUAGCCAUCCAAAUCAGAACGAUGCUCCUGGACUAUUAUAUGCUGGUUUUAACCAAGAUUAUGGCUGUUUUGCUAUUGGACUUGAUAAUGGUUUCCGAGUCUAUAAUAGUGAACCUUUGAUUGAACAGGCUCGUCACGAAUCUGACGAAGGAGGGAUAGCUUUGGUGGAAAUGUUAUACAGGACAAAUUACUUGGCAUUAAUUGGUGGUGGCAGAAAUCCAAGGUAUCCUCCAAACAAGGUGAUAGUCUAUGAUAGUAUAAAAGGGAAAGCAGUAUUGGAACUUGAAUAUAAAAGUGAAGUCAAGAAUGUCAAGUUACGGAGAGAAAGGCUAGUAGUUGUCUUAACACACAAAGUCUUUGUAUACCAUUUUAGUCUUCAUCCACAUUUAUUACAUACAUUUGAAACAACUGAUAACAGGAAAGGUCUAGCGGCAGUAUCAGCGUCACCUGAUCAUGCGAUGCUUGUUAUACCUGGACGACAACGUGGACAUGUACAACUUAUCGAUUUAGAUACUCUUGGUUAUUAUUGGUCUUCCAUGUCUACUACCGAUGAUCAGGAAUCCAAUGGCUAUCACUCAUCAAAUUUGAAUCACUAUGAAGCAAAUAUAACUUCUGGACCAUCAUCAUCAACAACAUCAACAUCACAACAUAAUGCAUCAACAAGACAUUUACCUGCAGCCACAACAGCAAAUAUUAGUAUUAUUGCAGCUCACUCUGGAAACCUUAGUUGUAUUGCUUUAAAUCAUGAUGGAACGAAAUGUGCGACUGCUAGUGACAAAGGAACGUUGAUUCGUGUGUUUAAUACAACAACUGGAACAUUAUUGAAUGAAUUACGACGUGGUAUGGAUCGUGCUGAAAUCUUUUCUAUUGCUUUCAAUCAAGAUUCUACAAGGUUAUGUGUUUCAUCAGACAAAGGUACUAUUCAUAUUUUUAAUUUGGAUCCUUCGGUAGUUAUUAUGGCUGAUCACAAACCUCGCGGUCCUACAUAUGGUCAAGUUGUGAUUUAUCCUACUAGUCAAUCUGCAUCACAAUAUGGUCUUACUCAUAGUGGCAAUCGUGGAAGUAGUCUUAGCUUUAUGAAGGAUUUAUUACCUAAAUACUUUAGUAGUGAAUGGAGUUUCGCUCAUGCCAAGGUGAUUACAGAAUCUCAAUGUUUGGUGGCCUUUGAACAAAAGCACACGAUAUUAGCUAUUUGUGCAGACGGCAGUUGUUACAAGUUUUACUUUGAUCCAAAGAAAGGUGGUGAAUGUACAAGGGAAUCCUUUGAACGAUUUUACAAACCUGAUUCGUUAUGAAACCCAAUCAUUUUUAGUAGUCUUUUUUUUUUAUUAUCAUACCAGAAAUAUAUACAUAUAUACAUUUAUAUC